AUUUGUAACUUGACUUUAAAUGCACUGCGGGUGUUUUUGUGCGCUGUUGUAAUUCUAAAAUAAACGCGAUCGUGUUUGUUUUUAGUGCGGUUUCCAAUGCGCUCAGUCUUUUACUGAUCCGGAUAGUAAACUUGUAUUUCUGCUGUAGUUGAGAGACUUUGCUGCUGUUAUGGCUCUCUUCAUGAUUAACAGAUAUCUGGGAGAUGAGGAGGAGAAUAAAUCAAACAAUGAGUCACGGUCCAAAGCCUUGCUAUCCAAGCUCCAGGAACGAGCAAAAGCCAGACAACAGAGUCUAACUACUAAAGAAGAAUCACAUAUCAAUGACACAGAUCAGCAGUGUGAUGCAGGGCAGAAUAAACAAACACUUAACCAGCACGAAAAACAGAAAAAACAAUUUAAGAAGAAGAGGAAGGCAGAUCUGAAAGAACAAGAGGAUGCUGAGGACAUUACUAUCUCUGAGGAGCACACAGAUUCGGGUACGAAUGACAAGCCCAAGAGGAAAAAAAAGACAAAAGAUGUAAAAAACGACAGUAAUACAGAAAAGGAAAAACAAGAUACAGAAAACGCUGCAUCUGCAGCCUCCACUGGACCGUUAGAUGAGACUGAAUCCCAAAGAUCUGCAGAUGUUCAAACAGACCGGUUGAACACAGAGUCAGGAAAAAGCCCAGCCAGCUCCAGCUUUCACAUCCUGGGUGGAUUUGAGGCGAAAUCAGCCCAAAAGGUCCAGCGGGUGCUUCCUAAAUGGCUGGCAGAGCCGGAUGUAAUUGAAAGAGACAUUAGGAGCAAUUUGGUUCCUCUCAGUGAUGUGGUGGAAAUUUGUUCCAUGCUUAGGAAGAAACUGGAAGCCAAUGGGAUCCAGAGCUUCUUUCCAGUACAAGCUGAGGUGAUUCCUGCCAUUCUGGAGAGUGUUAAUUCAGGGCUGCUGAUUGGUCGAGGUGGUUACAGACCCAGAGAUAUGUGUGUCUCUGCUCCUACAGGAAGUGGAAAGACAUUGGUGUUUGUUAUUCCUGUCGUACAGGCACUGAUGACGCGAGUGGUGUGUGAAGUUCGUGCCCUGGCUGUGUUGCCCACCAAAGAGCUCGCUCAGCAGGUUUAUAAAGUUUUUUGUAGUUAUGCUGAUGGAACGGGACUGAAGGUGGUCAUGGCUGCUGGACAGAAACCUUUUGCUGUAGAGCAGGCAUCACUCACGGAAAGCAGACGAAGUUUGGCAGAUAUUGUCGUGGCAACACCGGGUCGUCUGGUAGAUCACAUCAACAAGAAUGACGGCUUCAGUCUACAGCAUCUUCGCUUCCUGAUCAUAGACGAGGCGGACAGAAUGAUUGACGGCAUGCAACAGGCUUGGCUGAGUCAGGUGACCAAAGCCGUCUAUAAACGGCUCAGGGACUCAGAUUUUUCCAUCUUCAAAAGGCUGGAGCCCAGACCAAUAACAGCAGCAAGUUUGUCUCCUCCUCAGAUGCCACUACAGAAGCUGCUCUUCUCAGCCACUCUGACCCAAAACCCUGAGAAACUGCAGCAGCUGGGUCUCCAUCAGCCUCGACUUUUCAGCUCCACACACAGCUCCACGCAGGGGGGCGAACCCAUGCAAGAGAGGUUCAACUUUCCUCAGGGUCUAACGGAGUACUACAUCUGCUGCACUCUUAGUAAGAAACCUCUGCUGAUCCUGCAUUUCCUGCUCUGUCUGAAGUUUAAUCCUGUCUUAUGUUUCACAAACUCUAGAGAAGCAGCACACAGGCUCUUCUUGCUGGUGAAGUUGUAUGGUGGAGUGGAAGUUGCAGAAUUUUCCUCCAGACUUAGUUCUGGUGAGAGACAGAAGACCCUGAAGAACUUUGAACAAGGGAAGACUCAGCUGUUAAUAAGCACAGAUGCUGCUGCUAGAGGAAUCGAUAUAAAAGAAGUUAAAUGUGUCAUUAAUUAUGAUGCUCCGCAGUACAUCAGGACCUACAUCCACAGGGUGGGAAGAACAGCACGCGCUGGGAAAGCUGGAGUGGCCUUCACCUUCAUUUUAGGAGUGCAGGAGGAUAGGUUUUUGCAGAUGGUGCGGGACGCUGGCAGUCCCAGUCUAACGAAACAGACGAUUAAACCAGAGAGUCUCAGAAGUAUGGAAAGCCGCUAUGAAGAAGUAUUAGCUGAACUGGGCAAAGUUAUAAAGGAGGAAAACGCCCAGAAGCGAUUCUGAAAGGAACCUCCAACAACAAGGAUAAAUGUCUCAUUUUGUUUCCCAGUUAUUUUUCAGGCUUUCACCUUUUUAAUAAACGUUUAAAAUAUG